AUAUGGACCGGAACCAGCAACAAAGAGCCUCAAGAGCUCACCAGCUCCAUCCCGCCAGAGCAGCUAUUACUGAUCUCUUCAACCUCUACUUGGGAAGGACUACUCCGUCUACCCGUCAGAAACCCGAUGAUUCUAUCCGAGAACCUCCGAACAAAACACAGAGACGUGUAACUGCUCUUAACAGGGACCUCCCACCUCCAAAUGAGCAAUUUCUUUUGGAUUUUCAACAGCUUCAGAACAAGUUCCCUGAAAAGGAGCAGUUGCAAAACAUGACUGAAUCAGUCCUUAUUUCUUUACUUAUUCAGCGCAGUAGUCAUGUACCUCAAGCAGAGUUUCUUCUAUUUGCUUUACAUAGUUUAUGUUCCGUAGGCUACAUAAAUUGGGAUACCAUUUUGCCGUCACUUCUUUCUUCAGUUUCAUCAACAAAUAUGUCAAUUGGGCAAGGAAGUCAAUCUACAGCUGCCAUGCCCCAGUCUGGAAUGCUUCCACAUUCAAGCACAUUAAAUGCCACAUCAAAAUUUCAGCAAGCAAAUCCUACAUCUCCUAUGCAUAUGGUGCAAGGAGUUGGAUCUCCUGAUCAAUCAGCAAAUGAACCAUCAUCUUGUGCAAUUCUGACCCCAAUGAAGUUGUCUGAUGCUCAACAAUCCAUCAGCAACUUACGUCAGUUGUGCUGCAAGAUCAUUUUAACUGGUCUGCAGUCCAAUUUAAAGCCGGCGAGUCAUGCUGAAAUUUUGAACCAUAUGUUGAACUGGUUGGUCAAUUGGGACCAGAGGCAACAAGGAGUAGAUGAUGUCAUUGGUGAAAAAGUGUUGAAACUUAACAAAGCCCUCACUGGAUGGCUUCAUAGCUGUUUAGACAUUAUUUGGCUAUUAGUCGAGGAUGAUGAAUGUCGUGUUCCAUUUUAUGAACUGCUACGCAGUGGAUUGCAGUUCCUUGUAAACAUACCAGAGGAUGAAUCACUAUUCACUCUUAUUCUAGAGAUUCAUAGAAGGAGAGAUAUGAUGGCUACACACAUGCAAAUGUUAGAUCAACAUCUUCAUUGCCCAACAUUUGCAACGCCAAGGUUUCAAUUUCAGAUUAAUAUGUCUGGUGAAGUUGUGACUAAUAUGCGAUUUUCGCCCAUCACAUAUCCUAGUGUUCUGGGAGAACCAUUGCAUGGGGAGGACCUUGCCGCUUCUAUUCAACGGGGAACCCUCGACUGGGAGAGACCUUUGCGCUGUCUUCGACAUGCUCUUCGCAUGAGUCCUUCUGCUGAUUGGUGGAAGAGAGUGGUUGUUGCAUUUCAUAGAACUCAUGCUCAAGUGCCCAUUUCCGGUGCUGUUUUUACUUCUGAAAUGCUUUGUGAGGCAAUAAUUGAUAGGAUUGUUGAACUGUUGAAGUUGACAAAUUCAGAAAUAAACUGUUGGCAGGAAUGGCUUAUUUUUUCGGAUACUUUCUACUUUCUUAUAAAGAAUGGGUGCAUUGAUUUUGUUGAUUUUGUCGACAAAUUAGCAUUACGCUUUGCAGAGAAUGAACAGGGUAUUCUUCGUUCCAACCAUGUUGCAUGGCUACUUGUUCUAAUUAUAAGGCUCGAGCUUGUGACGAAUGCUCUGAAUACUGAUUCAAGAAAGGUGGAGACAACACAGAAGAUUAUGUCUUUCCUUAACGGAGAUAGGACUGCAGAUCCUAAUAUUCCCCAAAAUAUCCUGCUUGACUUUAUAAGCAGUUGUCUGAAUUUACGUAUUUGGGCAAUGAAUGCACAAACCAGAGAUUUUUCCAUCAAUGAGCAUCUUCAUAAAGGGAAACAGAUUGAUGAAUGGUGGAGGAAAACAAACAAAAGGGAACCCAUGUUAGACUACAUGAAUUUGGAUAACAAAUCAGUUGGGAUGUUUUGGGUCUUGUCCUACACCAUGGAACAGCCUGCUUAUGAGACUGUGAUGAGUUGGUUGACUUCGGCCGGAAUCUCAGAACUGCUUCCAACUGCAAACUCGUCGCCGAAUGAGAAGAUGAUGGUAAUGCGGGAAGUUAGUCCCCCUCCGGUGGCAUUAUUAUCUGGUCUCUCAAUCAAUCUUUGCAUGAAAUUAGCGGCUCAAUUGGAAGAGUCCAUGUUUGGUGGACAGGUUAUUCCAAGCAUUGCGACGGUUGAAACAUAUGCUAGAUUGUUAAUUCUUAUGCCAAAUUCCUUGUUCCGUCACCAAUUAAGUCAUCUCUCAAAGAAUCCCUCCCCGCAGAGCAAAUCUGGAACAACAGUUCUGAUUCUUGAAAUUCUGAACUACCGGUUGCUUCCUCUAUACAGGUAUAAUGGCAAAAGUAAGACGUUGUUGUACGAGCUGACCAAAUUAGUUUCUCUACUGAAGGGAAAGCGUGGUGAUCAUCGUAUUUUCCGAUUAGUUGAGAACUUGUGCAUGAAUCUCAUCCUAUCUAUUCGAGAGUUUUUCUUUGUGAAAAAGGAGGGGAAGGGACCUACUGAAUUCACUGAGACCUUGAAUCGAAUAACUAUAACUAGCUUUGCCAUCAUCAUCAAAACACGUGGAAUUGCAGAGCAGGAGCAUCUUCUAUAUCUCCCAACAAUGUUGGAGCAGAUAUUGGCAAACUGUCAGCAUACAUGGUCAGAGAAAACACUUAGGCAUUUCCCAACUAUUCUUCGUGAAGCCUUAAGUGGACGGAUAGAUAAAAGGGGUCUGUCAAUCCAUGCUUGGCAGCAGGUGGAAACUACUGUGAUAAACCAGUGCAAACAGCUUCUUUCACCAUCAGCUGAUCCCACCUAUGUUUUGACUUAUAUCGGACACAGUUUUCCUCAACAUCGGCAAUACCUAUGUGCUGGUGCCUGGGUUUUAAUGCGUGGCCAUCCUGAGAAUAUUAACAAUUCCAAUCUUGUACGAGUUUUAAGAGAAAUUUCUUCAGAAGAAGUGACAGCAAACAUAUACACAAUGGUGGAUGUCCUCUUAUAUCACAUGCAAUUAGAACUACAGAAUGGCCAUUCAUUGAAGGAUCUUCUACUGCAAACAUCAAACAACCUUGCAUAUUUUGUUUGGAACAGUGAGUUGCUUCUGUUGGACAUCUUGCUUUUGGCACUCAUUGAUCGCGACGAUGACCCCCAUGCUUUGCAUAUUGCUAUUAAUUUACUUGAGAGACAAGAGCUUCAACAAAGGAUCAAGUCUUACAUAGUUAAUUGUGGCCCUUCUGAACACUGGCUAUACGCAGGAAAUUACAAACGAGUUGAAGUAGAAAAGGCUCUUGGAACUAAUUUAUCAUGGAAGGAAGUGUAUCCUACAUUCUUUGAUGAUAUUGCAGCACGAUUGUUCCCAGUUCUCCCCUUGAUUAUCUACAGACUCAUAGAAAAUGAUGCUACAGACUCUGCUGAUAGAAUACUACAGCUUUAUUCUACUUUCCUUCGUUACUACCCUUUCAAUUUUACGUUUGUUCGGGAUAUACUUGCUUAUUUUUAUGGUCAUCUUCCUGCAAAACUCAUUCUCAGGAUCCUGAACAUUCUGGACCCUAAAAGGAUUCCAUUUUCGGAGUCAUUUUCUCAGCACGUGAAUUUGUCUAAUGGUUCCAUCUGCCCACCGUUCGACUACUUUACAACUCUUCUCUUAGGCCUUGUGAAUAAUGUCAUUCCCUCUGUCAAUAAUAUAUCGAAAUCUGGACUUACGAGUGAUGCUUCGAGUUAUGUGGCCCGUGCAAUAAAUAACAAGAUUUCGUCAGCUCAUGGUUAUGAAGGCCAGAAACAGUUCUACCAAAUCCAAGACCCGGGGACAAAUACUCAGCUAGUUCUGGACACAGCAGUGAUAGAAAUUCUGUCUCUUUCUGUACCCACAUCCCAAAUUGUAUCGGCUCUUGUUCAUAUUGUGUCUCAUAUACAAUCAAUUCUGAUCCAAUCAAAAAAUGGAUUACAUGGAGCUCCAACAGGACCAGGUUCCAUCCUACCGAUUUCUCCUUCAGGUGGGAGUACAGAUUCCAUGAGUGCAAACCGGUCAGUUUCGGGUGUAAUGAGUUCUAGCUUUGUUUCUAGAAGUGGUUAUACAAGACAGCAGUUGUCUUGCUUGAUCAUCCAAGCUGGUGGACUGCUUUUGGCUCAACUUCCUCCAGAGUUUCAUGUUCAACUUUAUGCAGAAGUGUCUCGUCUAAUAAAAAAAAGUUGGUGGCUCACUGAUGGUAAUAGGUCAUUGGGAGAGUUGAACUCUGCUGUUGAUCAUGCUUUGCUAGAUCCUUCAUGGGCUGCUCAAGAUAGUACAUCAACAACAAUUGGUAACAUUGUAGGCUUGCUUCAUGCGUUCUUCUAUAACCUUCCGCUAGAAUGGUUAGAAGGUUCGCAUUUGAUCAUCAAGCAUCUAAGGCCAGUUACAUCUGUUGCUCUGUUGAGAAUAGUUUUUCGAAUAAUUUCUCCCUUGCUACCAAGAUUGAUCGAUUCACAAGCUCUUUUCAAUAAGACUCUAUCCUUGCUUCUUGGAGUCUUAGUGGACGUAUUUGGGAAGAACUCUCCAUCAACUCCUGUUAAUGCGUCGGCUAUAACCGAUAUCAUUGACUUUCUUCAUCACAUUAUUCAUUACGAAGGGGAAAGUGGACCUGUUCAGGCAAAUAGCAAACCGAGGCCUGAAGUGUUGACUCUAUUCGGAAGAGCGCUAGAGAGUUUGCGUCCAGAUGUGCAACAUCUCCUUUCACACCUUAAGCCCGACGCUAACUCUUCUAUUUACGCUCCCAGGACUUGAUGCAGUAGUAGUCGAGUGGGAUUUAGUACAAAGUAAACAACAAAAAUUUUGGGA